AUGCCGUCGAUCUGGCGGCCGAACGUGAGAGUGACCCUUGACGAGUAUGGCGAAGUCGAGGACACGGAGAGUGGUGGAGAGGAGGUGACGAAGCAGGGGACGAAGCGGAAGAGAGCCCCUCGCACGAAGGGGCCGUGCGAGCACGGGGUGAAGUAUCGGUCGAACUGCAAGGUGUGCAGCGCUUGUCCGCACGGGAAGCGGCGCUCUCAUUGCAAGGAGUGCGGCGGGUCUGGCAUCUGCGAGCACGGGAAGAGGCGCUCUCUGUGCAAGGAGUGCGGUGGGGGCUCAAUGUGCGAGCACGGUCGCGAGCGGUCUAAGUGCAAGGAGUGCGGUGGUGCAUCAAUCUGCGAGCACGGCCGUGAGCGCCGCAGGUGCAAGGAGUGCGGUGGGUCUCAAAUCUGCGAGCACGGUCGUCGGCGCUCUCUGUGCAAGGAGUGCGGUGGGACUGAAAUCUGCGAGCACAGUCGCCGGCGCACUGAGUGCAAGGAGUGCGGUGGGUCUCAAAUCUGCGAGCACGGUCGUCAGCGCUCUCGGUGCAAGGAGUGCGGUGGGUCUGGAAUCUGCGAGCACGGUCGUAUACGCUAUACGUGCAAGGAGUGCGGUGGGGGCUCAAUCUGCGAGCACGGUCGUCACCGCCAAUACUGCAAGGAGUGCGGCGGGUCUGGCAUCUGCGAGCACGGCCGUCAGCGCUCUAAGUGCAAGGAAUGUCGCGCGGUGAAAACUGAAACAUGA